AUGGAGACAGUGCUGAAGCCUCACUCAGAUGAACAGCACCCUCAUCAGGCUGAAGACUUCCACGGGAAGCAUGAGCAGAACAGCAAGCUUCCAGGAGUAAAAGGAGAUAUUGAAAAACUUUAUGAAGCAGUGCCACAGCUUGUAAAUGUAUUCAAAAUUAAGGAAAAAAUUGGAGAAGGUACUUUUAGUUCUGUUUACUUGGCCACAGCACAACUGCAAACAGGAUACGAGGAAAAAAUGGCUCUGAAACACUUGGUUCCAACCAGUCACCCUCUGCGAAUUGCGGCUGAACUUCAAUGCCUCACAGUAGCAGGAGGACAAGAUAACGUUAUGGGAGUUAAAUACUGCUUUAGGAAAAAUGAUCAUGUGGUUAUUGUUAUGCCGUAUCUGGAACAUGAAUCCUUCUUGGAUAUUUUGAACUCUCUUUCAUUUGAAGAAGUGAGGCAAUACAUGUUCAAUCUGUUUAAAGCGUUGAGGCGCAUUCAUCACUUCGGUAUUGUUCAUCGUGACGUCAAGCCAAGUAACUUCCUUUACAACAGGCAGCUAAAAGAGUAUGCCUUGGUAGAUUUUGGCUUGGCGCAAGGAACCCCUGACACAAAAAUUGAACUUCUCAGAGCUGCCCAUUCUGAAGACCAGCAGGGAAGUUGCUCACAAAAAAAUCCCACCAUAGCCUUGGGAAACGGGAUUUCUGUCAGUGUCACAGCCCCUAAGCAGAUAGUUCAACAGUCAGCCUCAAAAGCAGCUGAUAAAAGGUCCAGCUCACUUUCAAAAAUACAGAUUAAACAAGGAAGAGGAGGAAAGGAGGAUUCUGUGCACCAUUCUGUCCAGCGAUCUGUCUUUGGAGAGAGGAAUUUCAAUGUCUAUAGUUCCACAUACCAGGAGAAUUCAAGUACAAAACUCAUAAAACCAUCAAAGAUGACAGAUGUUUCAUCUAGGAAGUUAGUAACAAAGAAGAAGAUAAUUUCUACCAAAACAGUGAGCAAUGGAGCAGCCAGGAAAGCUGCCAGUGGUUGUCCCUCAAACCUGACCUGUGACUGUUUUGCAACGGAUAGAGUUUGCAGUGUUUGCCUUUCAAGGUGUCAGCAAGUUGCUCCCAGGGCAGGAACACCUGGAUUCAGAGCACCGGAAGUGUUAACCAAGUGCCCCACUCAGACCACAGCAAUUGACAUGUGGUCUGCAGGAAUCAUAUUCCUUUCGCUGCUCAGUGGACGGUAUCCAUUUUACAAAGCAAGUGAUGAUUUAACUGCUUUGGCACAAAUCAUGACAGUUCGUGGAUCCAGAGAAACCAUUCAGGCUGCUAAAACUUUUGGUAAAUCAGUUCUGUGUACCCAAGUUGUCCCAGCACAAAACUUAAGAACCCUCUGUGAGAAGUUGAGAGGAACAAAUAGCAGCCGUAAGAGAUCCCAGGGUGAAGUGCCCGGCAAGUUUGCAAAUGACUCAGCUUUGCCACUUGCAGGAGACAAACUGUGUGCUCCUGAGACACUCGAAGAACAAAUUCAACACAUAAAGAGCUUUCAGGAAGGUGAUGGUGCUUUGGAAAUGAAGGGAACAGACAUGAAAGGAUGGGAUCAGGUUCCUGAUGAAGCAUAUGACCUACUUGAUAAGCUACUAGACUUAAACCCUGCAACAAGAAUAACUGCAAAAGAGGCUUUGCUGCAUCCUUUUUUUAAUGACAUGAAACUCUGA